AUAUUCAAUCGGGGAACGACAAGAACAUGGAGACACCACAUAUCGACCAUUUAACUUCUCAGGAUUAUGAGCAUGUUUAUGAACCGGCUGAAGAUUCGUUUUUAUUAUUGGACGCCCUCGAAGCAGAUUUGGAGUUUAUAGAAAAUGAUUUGAAACCUUUGGUAUGCUUGGAAAUUGGACCUGGAAGUGGCAUUGUAAUAACCGCCAUAGCAAAACGUUUGCCCCACUCUCUAUGCAUGGCCUGUGAUAUAAAUCCAUAUGCUUGUCGUGUAACAAAACGGACUUGCACAAGAAAUGACACCCAUGUUGAAUGUGUACAGGGAAAUUUGACCGAUGCCUUUAAGUCGAACACUAUCGAUUUGUUGAUCUUUAAUCCACCAUAUGUGGUAACGGCAGAUCAUGAAAUUGAAUUGCCGGAUAAAUUUGGCCAAUGUACAAGUGAUAAUCUUGUACAUUCUUGGGCUGGUGGUGAACAUGGUAGACGUAUUAUUGACAUUUUAUUACCGCAACUAAACGACGUACUAUCGCCGAAAGGUGUUUUCUAUUUAUUACUGCUGCGUGAAAAUAAACCUGACGAAAUAAUCGAACAGUUGACACUAUUCGGAUUUCAAAGUAAGAAAUUCAUGGAGAGACGCAUACCAGGAGAAUAUUUGUAUAUUUUGAAAGUACAACGUUCGAAUUCAUAG